AUGGCAACUGAAAAGGACAGUUCACCUGACAAGCUAAGACUGAAGACUGAAGUAGGGCUGCUGGGUGGAGUGUCUCUCAUUGCAGGCGUUAUGGUUGGAUCUGGAAUUUUCAUGUCUCCUCAGUUUGUGCUGAUUUAUAUAGGUAGUCCAGGUGCUAGUCUGUUAAUAUGGGCUGCUAGUGGAUUGUUGGCCAUGCUAGCUUCUUUGUGCUAUGCUGAAUUAGGAACUGUGAUCCGUGAAUCUGGAGGAGAGUAUAUUUACAUCUUGCGCACUUCAGGCAAUAUCAUGGCUUUUAUAUGCGCCUUCACCAAUAACAUUGUGUUGAGACCAACCAGCAUGAUUGCAGUUGCACUGAUUUUUGCCCAAAAUGCCCUUACACCUUUUUAUGAUGAUUGCCCACCACCAAAUGGAGCAUCACACCUCCAAAACUUCUUUGAAGGGACCAAGCUGAGCAUCAGGCCCAUGGGAAUAGCAUUUUACCAGUGUUUGUGGUCCUAUGAUGGCUGGAAUACUUUAAACUAUGUUACUGAGGAGAUCAAUCAUCCUGAGAAGAUUUUCGUGAAUCCGGCCCCUGCUCUCCCGCGAGACCCGACGCAACAGAGUGCGGCGCGGGACAAGACUUGA